UAAUAAUUGAGUAAUUAAAAAUAAAAGAAUCAAAAAUAUAUCAAGAGUGAAAUUGUGAGUAAAAAUUAAAACUGCAACUGUAUGUGUUCUUAUCCAUACAUAACAUGGCGCUCGAAAUCAAAAGUAAUUUAAUUGAUAAACAAGACGCGUUAGAGUCCAAUAAUGAUCAUCAACCGAAUGGAUAUAAUGUUUGUAACAGCAAUUUAGCACUUAACAGUGUUCUACGGGACAAUAUGAGCUUAAGUUCAUCAAAUCAAAAUUUAUUGAACCUGAAAAAUUCCUCUACAACAAAUACAAAUUUGUUAGCUUCAACACAAAAGUCACUACCACAAUCGCAGUUAUCGUCGUUGAUGAAAAAUAGCAGCGGCAAUAAAUUUAAUUUGAAUAGUAGUGGCGCUUCAAUGUCUAUCAUUACUUCAUCGACAAAACCAACAUCAACGAUCACAAAAUCUCUGAAAACUACUACAGGAACAAAAAUGGGAUCAAGACGUAUUUUUACACCACAAUUCAAACUACAGGUAUUAGAAUCAUAUCGCAACGAUAAUGAUUGUAAAGGCAAUCAAAGAGCAACUGCUCGAAAGUAUGGUAUUCACAGAAGACAAAUUCAAAAAUGGCUUCAAUGUGAGAAUAAUUUGCGGUCAAUUAUUGCAAAUAAUCCUGAAAAUGUUCGAAGUAAUCAAAUGAAAUUAUUUCCGAAAGGAACAGCUCCCAUUUUAUCAUCAUCGACGAAUUCUAGACAACGCGGAGUCGUCAAUACAGACAAAAAUGGUGCAACAUAUAGUUGUUUCUCUCUUGCUAAUGUGAAAAAUUUUAAAGCAAGUAACGAUGAAUCUUUGUCGACAAAAAAUUUGUCAUCAGUAUCAUCGUCGUUCGGUGAAUUUACAUCAAGAAGUACCAGCAAUAAUACAACGACGGCAUUAGAAGCAAGUAAACAUGUGGUCUUAAACAAUAAUUUUUGUUACGAUAAUGAUUCGCUUGUAACAAAUAAUUAUAAAAAUAGUAUUGUUGAUGACUAUCCAAUAGACCUUUCAUGUAAUCAUACAAAAGUUAAAAUUGAAAACGUUGCUCGUCCCAUCCCUAUACACCCUUCAUCAUCUCACUAUAAAAUUCCGUUCUACAUCUAUGAUACAGAUUUUUCAUCUAAUAAAAAUUCAUUGCAUUAUCAGUACCAAACUUUUUCAUCUCCACAAAUAACGGACAUAUCGAACUCUUUAUUAAAAACAGAUUUAGUUGAUCCAAUUGAUCUUAGCACCACAAAUAUAUCGCAAAAACGUAAACAUGUCACAGAUGAUAAUAAAAAAGAUAAGCCACUCAAACUAUUUCGUCCAUAUCUUGAAAGUAAUUUUGAAAAGGAUAUAGACAAAAGUAAGAAAUUAAAACAAGAUGAUUCUGAAAAAUUUCCCAUGAUUUGGAGUAAUAAUUAUAAUUUUUAUCCCCAACACAAUAUAUCGGGAUCAGAUUAUCAGCCCUUUCUAAUGACAUGUUCGCAACCAAUCUUUCGUGCAGAUUCUCAAAAUGUCUCAAAAUUUCCUCCUGCAACAUCAUCGCUAUCAUCACCUAAUGAUAGUGGAAUAAUGAUAAACUCUAACUAUCAUAUAUUACUAUCUCAAGCGUCACCUGUAUCGGGAUAUGAUAGUUCAACAUCGUCAAUGUAUAGCUUUAAUGACAAUGAAGUAGAUUUGAUCCAAGGAAAUAGUCCGCUGUAUACAUCAAGCCACUAUGAAACUUCGUCGCCAUCAUUUUCAAUUUCCACUAUGUCUCCAAUAGCUACUGAAACAAAAGUGCCAUUAUCGCCAUCAUUACUUCAUGAUUUGAAGUUUAAAUUGCAUACUCUCGAUUGUUACUACAAUGAUGCUGAUUGUGAACGUAAUGAAAAGUUGGUUGCCAAAAAAUUGAACAUCAAUUGUAAAAUUGUUGAAAAAUGGCUACGUCAGGAAGGUGAUUUACGCAAACAGUAUCAUUUGCAAAUAAUAGUGUAAGAAUAAACAUAUAACAUAAUGUGUGCAGUAAUGAUAGAGAUAUAUGUAAGUUAUUCUUAAAAGUAAUCGAUGUAAUACUAGAAAUCAAAAUUGUGAUAAGAAGUUUUUAA